AUGAGCGACGUGGACGUGGUGGCGAAUUUUGUCGUCAUGACGGGGGCCACCGAGGAUCAAGCCAUCCACUAUCUUUCCACGUACGACUUCAACUUGGAGGAUGCUGUCGUGGCUUUUCAGGUAGACAAUCCUCAUCCCUCACCGCCGCACACACGAGAGGACUCUCCACACUACUCCAGCAUCGACACAGGCUCACCCAUGAGCGCGCCAUCGCCGGCUUCGCACCAAGUGGAGGGCUUUGUGUUCCCCCAGGCGGCUCAGCGUCCACCUACGCCACCGCGACAGCGAGCGCUUGCCUCUUCAACUGCCGAAGCGAUACAGCGCCUCUUCGCCCGUCCUGACUAUGUAGUGGGCAGCGACAAGGUCACCUUCGACGCUGAGUGCGAGAAGGCCGCGUCGCGCCACUGCUGGGUCGUCGUGUCCGUCGUGGACAACUCUUUCCCCUGCGAGUGCUUUACGCGUGAUAUCUGGGCCAGUGACGCCAUGCGCUCCCUCACCAGCGGCAGCCUGUUUUGCUAUGAGAUCAACGUCACGCACACCCGCGGCAUGGCCCUGGCCGAAAAGUACCACGUCGACAACGGCAAUCUGCCCCGGAUGUUCAUGGUGGAUCCGGUGACUCAGUUUAAGGUGCAGGAGCUGCCGCUCAUCUCCUCUGAGGUGUGGCAGUUUGACAGCGCCAUGGUGGUAGAUGCCAUCAUGCUCUUCAUUACGAACCACGACCCCCCGCACGACCCGUUUGCCAGCACGGAUGAUCCGGCGCAAAACGAAGGCGGCGGUGGCGAUAGUGCCGAGUCGGCGUCCGCGAGUGCAAGCGUGAAAGCGCCGAUCGUGGUGGAUGUGGACGAGGGGGACAGCGAGACUGAGAUGGUAUCGCCUCCGACGAUUUCACGGAGCGCCACCGGCGCCGUCGCUUCCACGACGAGCACACUGGAGGUUGGCGAGGCGGUUCAAGUCGUCGCUUCCUCCCCGGUGACGCUGGACGAGUACACGGUGCCGGAGGGCACCACCGGCGAUGCAGCCAGCGUCUUUCGGCUGCGGUGCCGACUGCCGCAUUCGUCUUCCACGCUGCAGCUGCGCCCUGACACCCCGGUAGCGAGACUCGUCGACUACUUGGCGUAUGUCUUGUACACGGAGGACACCACGCGCUAUUCGGUUCCGCCGAGCAUUAGCAUCUUCAGUGGGUUUCCUCCAAAGAACAUGACUGCCGGGGAGAUGGAGGGUGUCACGCUGAGCACGUGGGACGGCGUGCGUAGCGGCGACGUCUUGAUGGUCCGCGUGAAUGCCUGA